CCACCGUAGCCACUUUCUCAGUCCCGGUUCAACCGCGCUGGUUGUUGCGUCUCGCUCGUUUGUAAAUUACAACAUUUCACUAAUUUUUUCUUACGCUUCAAAUUCAAAACUCAACAUCCGUCCUAUUUCAUUAAAAAACAAAGUUCUUCGCAAAAUGGCUCGUUCCUUAAUGAGAUUUGGAAAAUAUCUAAACACGAAUUAUACCAACAGUUCAACUAUUUCGGCUAUUUCAGUGCGAAACAGAUGUUCGGAUGCCCGAAUUAAAGCUGUUAAGCCCGUCGUCGAAAUGGAUGGAGAUGAGAUGACAAGAAUCAUCUGGCAGUUUAUAAAAGAAAAGCUAAUAUUUCCAUAUGUUAAGGUGGAGUGUUUGUACUAUGAUCUUGGGCUUCCGUAUAGAGAUCAAACUAAUGAUCAGGUAACAAUCGAUGCAGCAAACGCAAUAUUGAAGCAUAACGUAGGCAUCAAAUGCGCAACAAUCACCCCAGACGAACAACGAGUGGAAGAGUUCAAACUCAAAAAAAUGUGGCUAAGUCCAAACGGAACUAUUCGUAACAUUCUCGGAGGAACAGUGUUCCGGGAGCCAAUACUCUGUAGCAACAUUCCACGGCUUGUACCUGGAUGGACCAGACCAAUUGUUAUCGGUCGCCAUGCCCAUGGUGACCAAUACAAAGCUAUUGAUUUUGUAGUAUCUAAACCAGGUACAGUAAAACUAGUUUACACAGCUGAUGAUGGAACAACUGAAGAGCACACGCUGUUUAAAUACAAAAGCGGUGGAGUUGCUAUGGGCAUGUAUAACACCGACGACUCUAUCAAAUCCUUUGCCCACUCAUCAUUCCAAAUUGCUUUGGGGAAAAAAUGGCCACUUUAUUUGUCCACAAAAAAUACAAUUCUCAAGCGUUAUGACGGUCGCUUUAAAGAUAUUUUCCAGGAAAUUUAUGAGAAGGACUACAAAAAACAAUUUGAGGAAGCUAAAAUCUGGUACGAGCAUCGAUUGAUCGAUGACAUGGUUGCCCAAGCUAUAAAAUCUGAUGGUGGAUUCGUGUGGUCUUGCAAAAAUUACGACGGGGAUGUUCAAUCUGAUGUCGUGGCUCAGGGUUAUGGAUCACUUGGAUUGAUGACUUCCGUUCUGAUAUGCCCGGAUGGUAAAACUAUUGAAGCUGAGGCUGCUCACGGUACAGUAACGCGUCAUUAUAGGGAACAUCAGAAGGGAAGACCAACUUCCACCAAUCCAAUCGCCUCAAUCUUUGCAUGGACUCGUGGACUGGAACAUCGUGCUAAGUUGGAUAACACCCCUGAACUCGGUCGCUUUGCUACUGCCCUUGAACGCGCUUGUGUUGAUACGGUAGAAUCUGGAAAAAUGACAAAAGAUUUAGCCAUAUGCAUUCAUGGAAUGAAAAACACUAAAGAAGGAAUGUACCUUAAUACCCAAGACUUUUUAGAAGCGAUCGCUGAUAACCUGGAACGUUCGUGGAAAAACUAAAAUCACAGACUACCAACUAGUUAGAAAGUUCAAUAAGGAAUAUUUUUAUUAGGACUACAAUUUUUUAUGCAAUGGUUGCGAUGUUUUAUGUAAAUCAUUGCUAAGAACAUGGAUGCUAUUUUUCGCGACAUUCAAAUUACCGUUUAUUUGUGUGAUUAUAUUCGGUUGUAUUUAGUGUAGGGCCACGAGAAUAUUAAUCUUCCCAAAUUAAUAAACUACAACUUUCAUGGCCAUAUAACUGCCCAUCCAUGUAUGUAUAUAUGUUCUGUUGGAAUAUACUAUGAUUUGGAAUAAUAAAUAAUAAAAAUGAAUAUAAAAACCCCCGAUCCAAUAAA